AUGUCUCUGGUUGAUAGUUUCAGAGUGGAUCAAGAGAUCCUUCUGAAUGCGGCCAGUCGUGUGCAACGCCUCAAAAUGUUCCCCUAUUUCGAUAUCGCUCACUAUAUACUUAUGAGUAUAGGGGUACGUGAAGAUCUGGCGAGUGGGGCGUCAAUUUUUUCGCGAAAGCAUCCGUUGAGUUGUUGGUUGUCGUCAAUGCUGAUGUGCUUCGCAGGCUCAUUUCUCGCUAACUUCCUUCUUGGUGAGCCUGUAAUUGCGCCUUUUAAACGACACGAUGAUAUUCUGCUGGCAACAAUAGUAUGGUAUAUGGUAUUCUAUUCACCAUUCGAUAUCGUUUAUAAGACAUCAAAGUUAUUGCCCGUUAGAGUGGUACUGUGCGUUCUCAAAGAGGUGCAACGAGCUUAUAAAGUAAGUGAAUUCGGUUGA